AUGUCUCUCUUCCGCAACUGCAGGGCUGCUACGGCGCAGGUCCGCAGCUUCUCCUCUUCCUCCUGCCGUCGAGUCGGGCCCGAGUCCCCUAAUUUCAUUGAAGUUCCUCGAACAAUUCAACCCGAUCUUCCUUCGAAACCCAAAGUCAAAGGUACACUGCCUGUCCCGCGAGAGCUCUUCCCUGCCCGCCGAGUGGACAAGCCAACCGAGGAGUACAUUGCUGCCGCCACGCCACUCCCGUCGAAGGAGACUCAGAUCGACCCCAAUGACCCUCAUGCUGAAUAUAAGGAUUGGAAGCGGCGGAUGGCAGACAUGAGACGACUGAACCUCCGGGAGGGUCUCCUGGAGUUGCACAGCCGGAAGCAGCGAACGGACAAGCUCAUGAUGCAGCGGAGCACUGAGAAACAGAGACGGCGCGAGCAAGUUCUUCGACAGCCCGAGAGAGAUGACGAGCGCUUGACCGGCCCCUCCGUUGUGCAGGAAAUGCUACCCAAGCGCACCCCCGUGCUGCCGGAUCCCAGCAGAGAGGAACGUCUGGCCACCUCCCGUGCGAAGUUGGAGAAUAAGAAGAUGCAAGACGAAUUGGAACGCCAGGAUAACUUACAAGCCCUCUACAUGAAUGCUCGCACAUUUAUCACUACCGAGGCUCAACUUGCUGCCGAGAUUGAGAGGGUGUUCCCCGAGGGUGAGAAUGAGGCAUGGCGCAGCGAUCACCAGCAGGGCGAGAAUGUCUGGAACCUGGGCGUGCCUCCGACAGUGCUGAACAUUGUCAAUGAAUCGAGGAAGAGCGAGGCCGCUCGCUGGGACCUUAUCCAGGGCAGAGUCAAGAAGCUUGGGGAGCAGAUCACCGGAGGCAAAAUAUGA